AUGCCCGUCGCGAGCCUUUUAGCUGUAUCGUCAGUAACAGCAAUAAGAGUUCCAGUUACUAAGAAUGAAGAUAACGCUAGUGCCUCAGUAUUAAGUGCAAACGAACCCAACCAGCCAAUUUACUACACGCAAGAGGAUAUAAAUUUACCAACAUAUCUCAUUCCACCUGAUACCCAAAGGCAGGAGGAAGUUAUACUCGAUGUUGCACCAAAACUAGCCACGUAUUUGUUACCACCGUCAACCGGGAAGCAAUCUGAUUACUAUUACGAUGGAACGGGUACCGCUCAACAGAGUGAUUGGUACCCCAUAGCAAAAGUUUCUCAAAACUCACCAGACGUCGUACCAAUAAUUCUACCUGAAUUGAACGAGACGGAAGCCCUCAAAAUAAUCGAGAACGUAAGAAAUGGCAAGGCACUACAACACGAACAGUUUUCUCUUCCAACGCCUUCGACAAAAUUAGAGCCUCCUGCUCUUAAUGCACCUAAUGAGUAUGUGGUCUUAAACUCGGAUGAAGUAGAAUUACCCGUAAACGCGUACAAAGUACCUACAAAACUCUAUCCUAAAAAGUAUACAGAAGGAUUCACACCGGUUCCCAUUCCGGUAUCCCAAUUCGUUGAUGAUUACUCUAGUGAAAUUCCAAAAGCGAGGCCUUUAAAACCAUUUCAUCCAAUCUUGAGUGUAAACGAUGAAUAUGCCCCAUCUGAUGAUAAAAAAAGUUAUCUCUACGAACAGUUAGAAAAGGGACGCAAGGAAAGCGAAGCUAAAUCACCAGAGAAGCAUCAUUCUACUUCGGACGAGUCUUAUGAAGACCAACCAUUUAAACCACAAUUGAGUGAGCAAGAAACUUCGGAAAGCCAUUUAAGAUAUCCUGAACGAAGCGAGUACGCAGCGCCGCUUGGCCAAGACUCGCCGCGACCAGCCGCACUCAAGAUUAAAGAGCACCCUCCUCCCCCUCCUGGGGAACGGACGGAGUUCCGCAUGCACGGCAUGAAAGGCCCGCAUAGCUACCAAUUCGGAUACGACACCGGCAAAGGUAAAAACCGACAGUUCAGAUACGAAGAGCGCGAUAAUGAUGGCCACGUCCGCGGCCAUUACGGUUACGUAGGUAAGAACGGGAAGCUGAGGGUCGUCAACUAUGAUGCAGACCCAGAGCACGGUUUCCGAGCCCAAGAGCCGGUUGAGAAAGACGAG